AUGGUCGAGGAGGAAGAUUGGAGUACCCCCUAUGUCGACUACUUGACAAAGGGAACUUUACCUGAUAACAACAAAACAGCCAGAAAAUUGGAAAAGAGAGCCCGUAAAUUCUUUGUCAUUGACGGGGAACUUUUCCGCCGUAGCUUCAAUCAAAAGACACUGAAAUGUGUAGAUAAAGAACACGCUAUACGGAUAAUGGAGGAUCCGACAAAAGGUAUCAACCCCUACUACCCGCAGGGAAACGGGCAAGCAGAAUCUUCGAAUAAAACACUGCUUCGCAUCUUGAGCAGGAGCCUCUAUGACAACAACAGAACAUGGCAUGAAGAACUACCACUUGCAUUAAUGGCUUAUAGGAUUGCCAAGCAUGCUAUUAUACCAGCGGAAGUCAUUAUAGCUUCAACAAGAAUACUGUCAUCUAGCGGUGUCGACCUCGACAGCCAGCGUAUUCGAUCGCUCGACAUGAUAGAUGAGCGCCGAGAUAUCGCGGAAAGAAAACAUCAGCAGUACCGAGAUCGUCGCGCAAGAUCGUACAACCAACAUGUCAAAGAAAGACCCUUUGAAAAUGAGGAACUUGUACUCACUGUAGCCCCGCAUGUCCAAAGAGAAGGAAGUGCCCGCAAAUUCACACCAAACUGGGAAGGACCUUUCAGAAUUCGCAAAGUUGGGGGGUCUGGCUAUUAUAAGCUCGAACAUGCUGAUGGUUCCAAAAUCAAAGGCAAACGCAACUCCAAGAUCAACAGAAUGUAG